AUGGCUGAGGAUCCCGAGCCCGAAGCCUACCUGCAGCGGCGGCACUGCGGGCGCGCGGGGGCGGCGACGCUGUGCAACGUGAGGCGGCUCCUGGACCGGCUGCAGGCGCGGCACCGCGAGGAGCUGCUCCGCUACACGGGGGGCCACCUGAACCCCGCCCGGCUCUACCGGCCGCCCGAGGCGGUGCUGCGGCACUGGGGCAAUGCGCACCGGCGGCGGGGCGGCGCCGCGCGCGGGGGCCCCGCCCCGACCCCCCAGCCCAGCGCCGCCCGCGCCGCCCCGCCCGGCCCGCCGGAGGCCGAGGAGCCGCGCGGGGCCCCGGGGCCCGGGGCGUCGGCCCUGGAGCCCGGCGGCCGGUGCGCCCCCUGCCGGGCGGGCGUGACGCGGACCGACCGCUACCGGGAGCUCCUGGCUUUCCGAAGAGAGGUGCUGGCGGAGCGCGACCCCCGCCGCGGGGACCUCGCGGGGCGCAGGGCGGCGCGCACGCACGAGCGGAGGCUGCGCAAGGAGCUCCAGGCCGUGUGCACGUGCCGCGCCCCGCAGCUGAGCCGGCUGCGGGUGUUCGGGGAGGUCUUCAAGGACGUCUGCGACCGCUCGCUCGUGUUCGGGGGCCUCUUGAAGGAAGUCAAGGACGAGUAUGAACUGUACAUGGCAAUCCUCCAGGUGGCGCGGCCCACGGAAGAGUGCCAGACUCUUCGGGAUCAAGUCAAAGAGCUGGCACUGAGCCCUGUGCGAAGCAAGGACAUCGAGAGGGCCAGAGAGGAGCUGAGGGCGCUGGCCAAGGCCACCCGAGCAGCCCUGGAGCACAACGACCAACUCAAAAAUGAUUUAGAGAUGGAGCACCUGUUGCUACAGUCUGCGAAAGAUAAAAUGGAGGAAUCUGAGAAAAGUAUAAAUGAGGACAAACUUACUCUUACUGAGAAGGUUGAAAAGAGGAGAUGUGAAAUUCUUGGUGUAUGGGAAAAAAUUCAAGAUCUUGGUAAACAACUUAAAACAACUUGGGUGCAUACUGGAAUUUCAAAUAUCACUGAGAGUGGAAUUAAAAGCCUAGAGAAUGAAACUACAAGACUGGAAACAACAAAUCGGAUUCUAAAGAAGAAGUCAGAAGCCAUUGAAAACCAUGUGAAGUUGAUGAUACGAAGGUGUAAGCUUCCUGAGGUGGAGGAGAGGUAA